AUUCACUUGCCUUUCGAAAAGGCCAAAAGAGGAAGAAGAGUGAUUCAUGAGGAAAAAAGGCCAAACCACAGAGAGAGACAGAAAGUAUUAAUCCAUCUCAUGUGAUGAUGUUCAAGCAACCCGCACUUAAGCAACAGGCAUACACCUCUUCACAUUUAGAGGUUUUCUUGCAUAAUCUGGAAUCUUAACUGCUCUGAGUCUGACUGCUCAGCCUUGGCUUAUACUGAAGAAAAGGACGACGCUGAUAAAAGAGAACAGUUUGGGACAAUUCCAGAAGACAGAUAAUCAUGACAAUUGGUAAAAACUCCAGAAAAUAUCCCAGAUCCCCUAAGUUUGUGGACCAGUCAAAUGGACUUUAUGGACGGCUUAAGGAAGCAGAAGUUCCAGAAGAAAAUUUCCAUCAAACAGAAGCUGGGCAGCAGUCCCCAAAGAAAGGCAGCGAGACUGGUGUUUUUGAUUUUAAUUCUGGAAUGGCAGAUGCUGAUGGAACUAAAUCUCUCCUGCAAAGGAAAUCUUCUCGGCGCUGCAGUAAAAGAAAGAAGGACAGUGACAAAUAUUUAAAAGAAAGAGAGAAAAAUGUGAUCACAACAGAAACAUCUGUUGAACCCACAGUUGCCCAUCAAGAUUUACCAGAGGAGCCAGCCUUUCAAUGUGAAAUAGUAGAAGAUGACAACCUCAUUCUUAUAGACAAGAGAAAGCACAGAAAAGCUGAAGAAAAAGACACCAGAAUGGCUAAAAGAAGCACAAUGAAACAAUAUAGACAGGCAAUAGACAGAGCCUUCAGGAGAGGCUGGGAGACCUUCAUUGCCAAUCUUUACAGUGUGACUAUCACCCCGAUAGUCGUAUCACCAACGUCCUCAUCAUCAAAGCCAAGUUCUGCUAUUGUGGAUUACCACUAGACGCCAUCUGAGAAAGAUGCAGCUGGGAUCUCUCUGCCAUGAUUAAAGAUAAGAUUGACUGUACCUAUAAAAAUGUAGAAUACCCUGUAAUCAAAGCCUUAAAAAAAUCUGCCAACAAGUUGUUCACCAGAUGUGAUCAUCACUACAGUACGGUUUUAUUUGCUAUUAUUUAUGGAUGGUGUUCACAAGUCAGAGGGAGAUGGAACUGACUCAUAAUGAUAAUAUUCCCGAAAACUCAUGAGCCACCACGAAAUACUGUAAAUCUACUAUUCUUUGAAUUUUCAUAGACAUACUAUUUUAACAUUCACUAUUUAAAUAUUCAUAAUUAUACAUUGUAUUCACUUACCUAACACAGUAAGCCUCUCAUUGUGUUUGUAUUAACUAAGUACAAUACUUAAAAAAUAGUUUAAAUAAAACUGCACAAGUGCAAGAUACAUGUAAUUGGCCCUCAACUAUAUAAAAAAGGCCUUUUUCCACGGAAGGUAUUACUAAGUUGUUUCUAAGUGUACAAAGUGUUCAAGUAGAGAAACAAGAAACAGACAUGCUGAGGGAAAUUAAUAUUUCUUUUGAUAUAAGGUGGUUACCAAUUCUAUUAAAUUAGCUCACAAAAUUGAAAAUGUUAAUAUGUCUGUAUUGCAGAACAUGUCCUCUGACAGCAGAACAUUUUACAAAACUACAACCAACUGAAGACCCAUUAUUUUAUACAGCUGAGCUCUAGGUGUGUUUAUAAGAGUAUACAACAAUCCACUAUUGUUAUCUUAUUUAGAAGAGUAGCAUGUACUGCGGAAGUCACAACUUUAUGAUGGAACAGUACAAGUAUCUUCAGAGUAGCAAAGGUUACUUUUACAGCUAGGGUUGAUGUCCAAUUGUAGGGCAAUAUCAUAGAACAGAAAUGUUUACCACACUUUGUAUAAAAAAAAAUGUUUUCUUUCAUCCUCUGAAAUAUUUGCCAACAGGGCACUUAAUGAUCAAAGUAUGUUUGGCACAAUGGACAUCUAUUGGGUAGAACUACAGAUAUUUGUUUGCACUGAUGUUAGUCUUUAGGUUAGUAUUAGUGUGCUUCCCUGGCAGACUGGAGAAAGAGAGGUUUAAAUUGAUUUUAUCCACAGAAUAGCAGAAAAAGCAUGAAAGUAAUAACUUAAGCAGCCAGUGUCGUGAGAGGAGCUGUGCUCCUUGUUUGGGCCAGGCAUUCUUAUGACAUUUUAUUGCAAUCUUAAGACUGCUUUUUGACCAAAAGUGAACAAAAGUUCUAAACCAGAAAAUACAGUGUUAUUAGGAGUAUAAAGGGUUAUUUUUGUAUAUGUGUAAAAUAAUUUAAAUUGUUUUAUUAUUUAAAACAUUGUAUAAUACAUCUAAUUUAAAUGCACUUACUGUAUAAGUGUCCCAAAAUUCUUAAUGUAUACUUUAUUCAUCAAAUUGUGUGCUAAUUAGAUAAACAUGUUCUUUUUUUCAGACUGGAACAUUCCUUAACAAAUAAAUAUAGAUAGAAAACUGUCGAAGUCUUCCACAUUUCAUUAAUUUCUCCUAGUAUUGCCCUGACAUCUAAUGAUUACAGAAAACACUACAUUAGUUAGUUUAAAAAUGUUUGUUUAGGACUGUAGGAGGAAGGGAUCUUAAAAUGAGGCAAAAAAUAGUGAUAUAUAAGUAAUUAAAUAAAUAAGAAAAAAACAUUUGUUUAACACUAAGUGUCUAAUUUCUUUUUUCCUAAGAGCCAAGACCUUUGGGGCACCUUUCUUAUUAAUAAAUGUUCAUUUUGAACUGAUUUUCAGAAUGUUGUUUGAGCCAUUUUCAGCUCAAUGUAUUUUUACAUAGAGAUCUUUACUGAAAGAUGGCUCAGAGUGUAAAGCUGACUGUAAAAUCCAAAGUAGCACAGAGAGCAACACAGAAAACACAAAUUUGUGAUAGUAUUACUUGUAAAGAAUAUUAAAAAUAAAUGCAUAAGAGAGUGAAAAUGAAAGCAAUAAACUAUUAUUAAAGAAACAAAUACAAGAAAAAAUCACUUACUGUACAUUUUUAUGAUUAUUUACUCAUUCUAUUUAAAAUUUAGUUAAUUUAAAUGUAAGGUAAAUAUAGAAAUUCUAUAUUAACUAGUCACGCUAUUCAAAAUAAUUUGAUAAUUAAUCUCAAAUCAGUAACCUGCACUUGUUUCCUUAUUUUUAAGUAAUGCAUUUUAAUAGCACUUUAUUGUAGGUUUAUUAAAUUACUGUACUGCAGCCAAUAGGCCUAAUGGUAAAAUUUGUAAGAAAAAAAAAAAUUAACGUCAGGAAGUUUGGAGUUUGGAAUUUAAAUGGUUAGGUAAAGUAAAUAUACAGAGUGAAAAAAUGUAAUUUGAGUUCUUUACUACUGAAAGUCAGUGAGAUGGUAAAUUACAAAAAAAAUGCCAAAAUAAUAUUAAAUAGGUAGAAUGAAAUAUGUUGAAAUAUGGAAGAAAAAUUUUGCCAAUAAAAGGUCAAUAUAACUUAUAUACCCAUAUACCCAAUCAAUGUUUGAAUAACUCAUUGUAUUAAAAUAUUGUAUUCAUUGUCAACAUUUAUAAAUGGCACAAAUAUCCAUGAUAAGUAUUAUCAUAAUUAUUGUGAGUUUUGUUAAGUUUGCCAAAAUUGCACAUUAUUAUUCAAAUAAUGAUAACUGUUUUGUUCUUCAUUUAAAACACAAUAAAUGCGUAUAUUUUGCCUUGGA